AAUCCCUCGUCCCCCCCCCGGCGUGGCCAACUCCCUUUCCCUCCAUGUGGCGAGGAACUGUACAGUAACUUAGAAAAACAAACACACAAACCAUGGGGUCCUUAGGCAACCUGGAAAGGGAGAAAGCCCUCCUGCUCACCGUGCUGGUCUCAACAAUGGUGCUAACUCCAGCUGUAGCCAUUCAUGUUUACACGGACCGGGAGGUACAUGGCACAGUGGGGUCCAAAGUGACGCUCUCAUGCAGCUUUUGGUCAAACGAAUGGAUCUCCGAUGACAUUUCUGUCACUUGGGUCUUUCAACCAGAGAGCAGCCGAGACAGCGUAUCGAUAUUUCACUAUGCCAAAGGCCAGGCUUACAUAGAUAACGUGGGAACGUUCAAAGAGCGCAUCGAAUGGAUCGGGAACCCUCGCUGGAAGGAUGGCUCCAUCAUCAUCCACAACCUGGAGUACACAGACAACGGAACCUUUACCUGCGAUGUCAAGAACCCGCCCGACAUCGUAGGGAAGACCUCCCAGGUCACGCUCUACGUCUUCGAAAACGUACCGACCAGAUACGGUGUGGUGUUGGGGUCCAUUAUUGGAGGUGUUCUGCUUGUGGUCUUAGUGGUCUUGGUCAUAGCCUAUCUCAUCCGAUACUGCUGGCUUAGGAGACAAGCGACUCUGCAACGAAGACUCAGUGCCAUGGAAAAGGGGAAACUGAGGCUGGGAAAGGAUUCUUCCAAAAGAGGCCGCCAGCCCCCCGUCCUGUACGCGAUGCUGGACCACAGCCGCCUCACCAAGUCGGCCAGUGAGAAGAAAGGCAAGGGAGGGCUGGGCGACUCCCGCAAGGAUAAGAAAUAGCGGUUAGCCGGCAGGGAAGGUACCCCAAAGAAGGACAGCGAGAAGAAAGUUGUCAUGACCAUCGAGAUGGAACUGAAGAGGGACCAACUCGAGGGUCAAGGCCUCAAGCCCGCGGUCAAGUCUCCAAGCAAGAACAGCCUCAAAAACGCUCUCAUGAACAUGAUCAAAAGUGAUUCGGAAAAAUGAUCUCAAAGUGUAUGUGCCGGUGAUUGUGUGCUUGUUUGGGAGUGAGGGGACGGUUCGAGCCCUUCGUUUCUGGAGGUCUAGGAUCUUUCGGCCUCCAACCAACCCUCUUGGCUUUCAUUUCCUCCCUGUUUCUCAUUUUAAGACGAUCUCUCCUCUUGGGCCCUAAAAGUCCUAACGAGGAGUGCACAACUUUGUGAUUUGGAACUACAGCUCCCAGGAUUCUGGGAGUCGUCGCGUAAAACCACAACGUUGCAUCUAUCUUGUCCUAACUCGGCUGGAAACGAAGCCAUGAGGGCUGGAUCGCCGCUGUCCUGUCCCGAAAAAUAUCCCCUCACACACCCCUCAAUUCUUAAACCCCAACCAAAGACCAAAAUAAAUUAAAAAAAGGACACACAGCUCCGUACAAUAAAGGGUGCCUUCUUCUGCUUAAACGGCUGUGACAACCCUCUUCUGCUCGGUCGCUCGAGCACAGGUGUAAUUUUUUUCUCUUUUUAAUCCCAGGAUCAAAUCUAUGUCUAUGUGUUUCUGAAAUCCAGAAGGAUGGUUUAAUUCCCUCAUUAUGCAGCUCCCACUGUUUUAUCUCCUUUUCUGAGAGCGACAGUCUCAGCUCUGUGAAAAUAACUAUGGGUGAUGAUGUUUGUUCUCUCAGAUAAUUCACUUAUUAUUAGCUCGGUAUUCCAUGCCUGGUUAUUUUACUCCCCGAGUGUAACCUUCCCUGUCCAUGGGACACGUCAUUUCCACACAGACAGAAUUUCACCCAGGACAAAUCUGGAGGUUCCUACUUGAGCGAAACAUCUGAGAAAUUUCAAAGGAAUUCGAAAUAUUUCCCCAACCCGAUCCGGCGAAAUUUCUCAGGGAGGGGGUCUCGCUCAUCCGUAGACUGCUACCCAAGAUUUUGCCCUGCCAUGAAAUUCCAGCCAAAUCCCAAAGAGCUUUUGGUGGUCUGCUUACAUUUCUGAGGAAAGCUGAAUGCAUUUUUCAUCAGAAAAAGGUCUCGUGUCAUGACUGUAUUUUUCCGUGUAUAAGACGCCCCCUUUUCUAACCAAAAGUAAGAAAUCUAAGUGGGA